AUGGAAAUCAUGCAGUUGAUGACAGCAUGGAGUUCAAAUGUGCAUCAAGCUUGGAAACCCUGUGUUGACAAGAAUAAUUCGAAAGCAGAAUUUCCAAAAUCAAAUGGUUUUCUAAUAAUUGAAGCAAAUGGUGGGUUGAACCAACAACGUUUAUCGAUAUGUGAUGCAGUUGCAGUGGCUGGAUUACUAAACGCAUCUCUUGUCAUUCCAAUUUUCCAUUUAAAUAGUGUUUGGCGAGAUUCCAGCAAGUUUGGGAACAUAUUUGAUGAAGAUUUCUUCAUAAAUGCGCUCAAAAAUCAUGUUAAUGUGGUCAAAGAGCUCCCAGAAGAUAUUCGCCAGCGGUUUGACAAUAAUAUAAGCAACAUUGUGAAUUUGAGAGUAAAAGCUUGGUCAAGUCCAGCUCACUACCUUCAAAAGGUCCUUCCAAAGCUGGUGGGACUUGGGGCUGUACGCAUUGCACCCUUCUCCAACAGAUUGGCUCAGGCAGUUCCUUCAAAUGUACAAUGGCUUAGAUGCUUAGCCAAUUAUGAAGCACUAAGGUUUUCGGAACCUAUAAGAAUGCUAGCAGAGAAGAUGGUUGAUCGGAUGGUUAAAAAUAGCUCCCAGAGUGCUGGUAAAUACGUUUCAGUGCAUCUUCGUUUUGAAGAGGAUAUGGUUGCAUUUUCAUGCUGUGAAUAUGAUGGUGGGGAGGAAGAGAAACAUGAAAUGGAUAUUGCACGAGAAAGAAGUUGGAGAGGAAAAUUCAGAAGAAGGGGUAGAGUAAUAAGGCCCGGUGCAAAUCGGGUGGAUGGAAAAUGCCCAUUGACUCCAUUGGAGGUCGGAAUGAUGCUUAGGGGCAUGGGUUUUGAUAAUACCACCUCAGUAUAUGUUGCUGCAGGAAAAAUCUAUAAAGCAGAAAAAUAUAUGGCUCCACUUAAACAGAUGUUUCCACGUUUAGAAUCGAAAGAUACAUUAGCUACUCCUGAAGAACUUGCUCCAUUUAAGGGCCAUUCAUCUAGGUUGGCUGCUCUUGAUUACACGGUGUGUCUUCACAGUGAAGUAUUUGUCACAACUCAGGGUGGAAAUUUUCCCCACUUCUUGAUGGGUCACAGGCGUUAUUUCUAUGGAGGACAUGCUAAAACAAUCAAACCUGAUAAGAGGAAAUUAGCAAUAUUAUUUGAUAGUCCCAAUAUCAGAUGGGAAUACUUCAGGCGGCAGAUGCAAGACAUGCUUCGGCACAGUGAUCAUAAGGGAAUUGAAUUGAAGAAGCCCAGCGGAUCACUCUACACAUUUCCCACGCCAGAUUGCAUGUGUAAACAAGCAGAAGCAAGAAAUGAAAAUACCAACACGACGAGACCUGUUUGAUACUCUGAAUACACAAAUACUUAGGGUUACAGAUUCUUCUAUACCUGUAUUUUGUAGUGUCUUAUUCAAUUGAAUUCUUGAAUUGUUCAUUCAUUUGAGUUGACAAGAGAGUUCCUAAGGGUUUGAUUCUUUGAGGUUCAUUGACUCAGUAGAAGUGUUAGUUUGGCCUCAAUAUUCAAUGUACAUGAUAAUGUAACAGUUCACUCAAGUAAUCUUCCACUAAAUCACAUAUUUAUUGUUCUUUUCUUUU